AUGUUUUCGUCAAGUCGUACAUCUACAAGCCUGACUUGUGGGUUUAAAGUGAACACUAGCUCUCCCGAAUGGCACAAGAGCAUGACCAAAAUCCUCAAGAAAAUCAAAGGAGGGAAUUUUUGGAUAGACGUGGACGAAGGAAUGGCAUACGUCACGGGUCAUGGCGAUCCAAACAAGCUAUUGAAACUAAUGGGUUCAAAGAGAGGAAAAGAUGCUGAAAUGGCUUUUGUGAAAACCGGAACGCAACAUCAUCAACAUCAUCAUCAUCAUGAUCCCAGUUUUUACAGUCAGAGCUCAUACCCCGGCCAAUGGGGAGGGUACUACCCUGUUGGCUCGACGAUGCAACCUUACCAUCAACAAUAUCCAUAUUCCGGCGGAUAUAAUAACUACGGUUAUUAUUAG